CUUUUGGAGAAAUACUUCGACUCCAAUAGAGAUCAGCUCUUCAGUGACGCUCACAUUAUUGAUCCGAAAGCAGUGGUGUCCUCGUCCUCAUCGGCCGUCGCUAAGACUCGGUCCAAGAUUUGUCUCAUUUGUUACAAUGACAUGAAUGACGAAGAGAUGACAUCCAUAUCUUGUGGCCACGAGUUCUGUGUUUAUUGUUGGCGACAAUACCUGACAAACAAAAUCAUAAGCGAAGGCGUUUGCAAUGCCAUCAGUUGUGCUCAAAACGGUUGUGAUAUCAUUGUUGACGACAAUACCAUUCACAACAUCAUUGAAGAGCCAAAAGUCUUAGUGAAAUACAGAUAUCUUAUGACAAAUAGUUUUGUUGCGUCCAAUCGCUUCCUCAGAUGGUGUCCCACUCCUGACUGCAGUGCUGUUAAA